GAUUGGUAACGGAUUUAAUUUUUUUCUGUGGUGGCGAGGUGCGAUAAAGUUUGCCACGCUGCGAAUAUUGCAUCCGAGCAGUGCCCGAAAAGGCAAGUGGUUGAAGUUGGGUAAACAACGCGUCGACGCCGCUUUCCUCUCUUCUUCUCCUUACUCUCUCCAUGCUGUCUUCUUGCCUUUCAUACCUCCCUUAUUCUAGGUAAUUUGUUUUCAAAGACCCCCAUUUCACGACUUUGGCAUAUUCCACGUUCCAUCUUGGAGAAUAACGACUGAACGAACAGGUAACGAGUCUAUCAUGAACGAUCGACCAUAUACACUGCCGGAAGAGGAUCCUUUCAAUAUCACGCCCUUGGCCAUGCAGCGCCAUUCAAGCCUGUUCGAUAAAUGGCUGCAGGAACAGCAGAGGCAUGUCACCACCCUGGAGGACAUCCCUGAUACGCCGAUACGUAAAUCGCCUCCUGCUAUCCCUGUGCUAUCGUCGUAUCAGUACCUUGGAUAUUCUGAUCCCAUGCAUCCGGAUGCAAACGGAUCGACAGUCACACUGAAUAGUUACGACUUUGUGGAGGACGAUGAUAUUCCAGCAGAGGCACUAAAAUCUUCAAGUCCACGAAGCGCGCGCUUUUUCCAGACCUCGCGAACGCUCUUUUCGCCCCGAUUACCAUCGACAACGACAACGACGCCGACUCGUACGUCAUUUCUGUCUCGCGUGGGCGUUGGGUCGACUUCUCGCGAGCACGAACGCUCUUCAAAUCUGUCCACCUUGAGCAGUUCCGUUCCCCGGUCGCCCUCAAAAUGGCGUCCAAGCGUCCUCGGCCACUUUUCUUCCCAGGCCUCCGUUCCCCCGUUGGAGAACACCGUCUAUGCCCCUUCUCGCCCGAGCCUUUCAUCCACCAUCACAACGACUGUCACUUCUACUUCCGACCUCAGCAUCCCGGUGUCCCAGAUCUCGUUUGCCGAUUCUGUCCGCUUUCAAGGAGUUUCCCACAGCGGUGCAUUUUAUGGCCUUAAGAAAGAGUCGCUCUCUUCGUGCAGUUCGAACUUUGGCGUAGACCCUGUCAAGCCCGUCGUGUCUAAAAAGCUUAGGAAGGCACGGAGUAAUAUCCGGGUGCCACUGUCUACCAGGUACAUUGCGGAUGCGAAUAUUCCAACACAAGGAGACGCUGUCGGAGAGUUUGGCGCACGCUUGCUAAAGAUGAAUCCUACCAGUCCUCAGAUAGCCUUUUCGGCGUCUGGCAAGGGUGGUACAGUCCCUCGCGUGUCAUUCGCCUCUUUGAGUACUUGUAAUUCAAAGAAGAAGAAACUCAUCAUCGGCGGCAUUGGACCUAAUGACACGCGGAGAUUCCAGGGUGUGCAGCGUUGGUGUGAGUCCUUUGGCGAGGUUAGCCAGAUCAUACGUAUGCCAAAUGGUGAUCUCCAUGUAUAUUUCCGGAGUGCUGAAGUUGCGGACACGGUGUGUCGCCUUCGAGCCAAAGUGUAUAUAGCCGGCGUUGGCAGCGUUAAUCUGUCAUGGUACGCUGGCAAUAAACGCUGAUCAACAUAUCCACUCUCCAGUCCUGUUUUAGUGCCUUGAACCAUCUGUACAGCAACCUACCCCGAUUUCCCCUCACAUCUAAUUGGAUCUCAACUACGACCUCCUUUAGAGAUACGACCAUACAUCAUGAUCAAUUAUGCCCCAUUCUAUGAAUAUUGCCUGACGAA